UGCGCACGGACUGGACGUUGCAGUAGCCGGAGCCGGAGUCACCUAACGGUCGUAUUUUUAACCGUUUUCAACAACUACAGUGGGAUGGCGAUGUGCAGGGUCGAGUGAAGUGAAAUUACGCGACGUAUGUGCUUUCAUUCUUCUGUGUCCGAGUCGUUUUUGCCACGAAAAAGCCGCCAUUUUGUUAAAUCGUGUACAAAUGUCAUUUCGGUUCCCGAACGUGGCGGUUAGCCCAUGUUUUCCCGCCGCCUCCUCAGCUCGCAGGGAGCAGUGGGGAAAACAAACAGGUCGAACGGAGGAAGAUAGGUAGCCGGUUGGAUGUGGAGGUUGUUUAGCGGCGAAUGAAUCGUUUUCAUGCUGUAGGCUUUUCGUCGGGCGCUAAUCCAAAGUUCUUCAGUUUUCGGUGCUUUUGAAUGCGGUGUAUUUAGGACGCUGUUGGGAGUUUUCGCCCUCCGAGUAUGUUGCCGCUUUCUAACAUUUUGUCAGGGCUGUUGGAGCGCGUAGUCUACCCGCUGCGGUUUUGUGUUUUUCUCGACGUUGUUUACCGGUUAUAAUUCGACGUUUAAUGAUUUAAAUUCACCGCUUCGCCGGCUCUGAGUUCAGUGAGACACUUUUAGACAUGCAUACGAGGCGUUUGGUGAAGCGGUCGAUCCUCGGCAGCCGCGUUUAUGCGCCGAGUCCGACCGGGGACGGUGCCCCGGUGACAGGAGUGGUCCAGGCUGUCAAGCAGGAAAACAGAGACGUCUCGGCCGCAGGAGCCCGGCGCAGCGUCUACACCGUGCUCAUGCAAGACGGGAGCCUCAAGGAGUUCUCCGAAGAGGAGAUAGCCGCGGGAUUCAACCACACUGCAGCCAAAGGACCGCUCAAGUCCAGCUUGAAGCAGAGCUCCACUAAUGGAGCUCCAGAGGGCCAAAAGGUGGAGGGCGGCUCCCUCAGCCCAGAAACGGCGGAGGAGCAGCGAUCGACGGACAGCAAGCGUGUUGGCCGGGACCCCGAUACCCGAUCAGUGUCCCUGCUAGAGCAGAAACGCAAAGUGGUCUCCUCCAGCAUUGAUGUCCCUCACGCCAGACGGUCGGAGGAGGAAGUGGACAUGGACAAGGUGACAGCUGCCAUGGUGCUGACCAGUCUCUCCACCAGCCCACUGGUCAGGAGUCCACCUGUCAAAGUCAGCGAGGGCCUAAGUGGUUCGUGGAAGGACAAUGGCUCAGCGGGACCCUUCACCCCAUCUAGCAACAGCUCUUCAGGAGGCUACUGGAGCUGGUCUGCCCCCAGCGACCAGUCCAACCCUUCCACACCUUCCCCACCACUCUCCGCCGACAGCUUCAAGCCGUUCCGAGUGCCCAGCCUGGGUGGUGUGGGGCCCGGGCCCGCGGGGCCUGAAGACCCCAGCCUGGAUGAACAGGACGGCAGCAGCCUGCUCUUCGAUGAGCCCAUCCCUCGCAAGCGCAAGAACUCCAUGAAGGUGAUGUUCAAGUGCCUGUGGAAGAACUGUGGCAAGGUGCUGAGUACUGCUGCAGGCAUCCAGAGACACAUCCGCACCAUCCACCUGGGGCGUAGCUGUGACUCAGACUGCAGCGACGGCGAGGAGGACUUCUACUACACGGAGAUCAAGCUCAACACAGACUCGGUGGCCGACGGUCUCAGCAGCCUGUCCCCCGUGUCGCCCUCCGUCCUCUCCCCCCCUCCUCCUUCCCCCUCUCCUCUCCCUCCUCUCAGCCAGCUGUCGGACUCCCAGAGACCCCCGCAGCCCUCUGACACCAAGGAGCCUCACGCUGGCGGCACCACCCCGCUCAGCCGCUCGGCGCCCAGCGCUCUCUACCUCAUCCACACGGACCACGCCUACCAGGCCACGGCUCCAGUCUCCAUCCCGACCAGCAGCAGUAACUCAGCCGGCUCAGCCUCCACCAGCUUCACUCCCACCAACAGCUCCAGCUUUAGCAUCUCCUGGCAGUCACCACCCGUCACUUUCACUGGGAACUCCGUGUCUCCCAGUAAAAGCCAGGGAUUUGGUGACCAGCGCUCCCAGACCAUCGCUGUCCUCUCCUCUCCUCCCAGAGCCACCACUGCCCUCAGUCGGAAGGUGCGUGGUGAGGGGAAGAAGUGCCGUAAGGUAUACGGGAUGGAGAACCGUGACAUGUGGUGCACUGCUUGCCGCUGGAAAAAAGCCUGCCAGAGAUUCACCGACUGAGCGUACCCCGGCAACGCUACGGCACGCCAACGCCAACUGGCACUGCUGCCUUUCGCCAGAGAGAAGGGGGAGAGGGGCGUCAUUUUGCAUGCAUUUGGUUUUUCUUCAGCUCAAAAUCUCAACUGUCCGUCAAGCUCCAGCCCCCGACCCCCCCUCAGCUCCACCCAACCAUUCCAGCUGUGGAAGCAACCGAUUGAUGGCAGCGUCACCUUUUACAUUGCCGUCCAGGAUUCCCAGUACUGCCUCGCCGUUCCCGUCACACUCCCAGUUUUGGGAAACCCCAGUGCAGCUAAACAGUGUAAAGAAAAAAAAUAGAUCUAAAGAUUUCUGCCGUUUUUUUUUUUUAAGUUGGGUUCAGUGUUGCAUCUUUCUAUGUUUUGUAAAGCUCUGGUUUUUAAAUGGAAAGUCUAGUUACAAGAAGGGGUCCAGAAAAAAAGGCCAACAGCUUUUUGUGUGUGUGUGUGUGUUUUGUCAAAAGAAAAAAAAAUCUUCACUUUUUUUAUCCAAAAGAAGAAUGAGCCUCUUUGCUCCAGUUUUUGAAGAACAUUAUGAAAAAAGCAUGGAGGUAAAGCUCGCAGUUUUUGUUCUUCCUUCAACAUCUCGUUGUUUUAUUUCCAGACUUUUUGAGGUGAUCUUUUGUCACCGACAUCACAGCCUCUCCCGGACUCUCACCUGUUCCUUACUCCUGACAGCCCCGAGGGAAUGUACGGCAGAGCCGGGAAGAGCAGGUUGACAGGUAGAAAGAAACAGAGGGAGAGAGACACAAGGUGAAUGAUCAAUGCAAAAAAAAAAAAAAAAGAAAGAUAAAAUUUACAGUCAGGGAACGCAGAUGGGCCAUGCCAUGUGAUUUACCACAUAAGACCACAACAGCAUUCACACACUCUCACACACAGACACACACAAACACAGGUAUAUCCACACAAUCAUGAAACAGAAAACAGGAACUGUUUUUUAUGUCACUUUUUUAUCCUGUUGAGUCAUUUUCUUUGUUUUAUCAGGGAUGUGAUUCUAAAGAAAGCAAAAACCAGCAGCUAAAACUUGGGGUUAUACUGUAAACAGCACUAUCUCAAUAGCUUCUCUCUUUUCAUUACACAUGACAACUUUGCAACCAAAAACUCCUUCAUCUUGUUCUUUAUGUUUUUGGAUCUUGUUAAGGUGCCAUGUUUACUGUUGUCGUUGAUGGGUUUUGUUUUUUUUUUAGUUUUUAGUUUUUGUUUUUUUGGCAAAACCAAGACUGUUUACCUACCAACUGCUCAAGAAAGUGUGUUUAAAGACCUUUCUGAGAGCACUGGAAGCAUGAAGUCAGCAGCACGCGAGGCAUUAAGAAGAAAAACAUCAUUCACCACAUACAGAGAGACAAAGUGCCCUCCUCCUCACCCAACUUUUUCACACCUUCCCAAAGGGAACAAAAUAACUUUGUGUUUACGCACACCACAGAGGUGCAUCUCGACGAUCUGUUAACCAAAGGGGGAGGGCUGAAAACCAAAAGUGAGGCACUUGCACUGUAUGUGUGAAAUGGAGCACUUGGUACCUUUGUUAACACCUGUGGUUACUUUUAUAGAGUUGAAAAUGUCUUCAAAUAUCUUCCACUAUGUUCUCUCUAUUUCCAACUUAACUGGUUAUCAAAGCUAGUAACGCAAAAACAAACACAAAAACAACAACAACAAAAAAAAAAAACACAAAAAAAUACUACUCCCCCCUUUUCUGAACCAUUUUUUGCUCCAAAAGUUUUGGAGAACAGUGGAAAAAAAAUGUAUUAGCACUUGAUUAUUUGUUGUUUAACGUGCACUGCACCUUUCAUUCACUUGGCAUCAUGCAAGCAAAGCUUUGGCUCAAGCUUACAUUGAUUGGAGUCCUUGUGAUCGGCACGUGACCUUGUUACUGACGAGGAGGAAAGGAGGUAGAGAGCGAGACUGGGUGAACGUAAUGCGGUUAUCUGAUUUGUCAUUUUAAUGUGUGUUCAUUUGAAUUCCGGCCUCCUUAUUGGCUCAAAGGCAGGAAAUAAAAUCAAAAGACCAAAUAGUUUACAGAUGUUGACUUUAGAGCGAUAGGCGGACCAACUCUUUUGUCACCUGCGGCUGUGUUCUGCUUUAUUACAAUAUAGUGAAAGUGGUAGAAAGUGUGUUCCAGUUGAGACAAAAAGUUCCUACCAACAAGGGACACUGUGCUUUUGUUUCUGCAUUUACUCUCUGCAUUCUAUGAAAUUUGUACGAAUUGACGCUGAAAUCUUCAUUGGCAUUUCUGUCGCACAAAUAAUUAUUCGAAACCAACACCAGCCAAUAAACUCACACGCUCUCCCGUUUCAAUAUUCAGUACUUCCGCACCUGAAGAUCGUAGCUCUGUUAUGUUUGCUCAGCUGUUUCUGUUUUGUUUUUUUGUUUUGUUUUUUUUGUCUGUUCAUGUAUAUAUGUAGUAUUUUCUCUAAGCUCCACAUUUAUGACCAAUUACCUCGGUCAUUACAUCUGCCACCUUAUGAACAAGACAGGUUCAUUUAUGAUACCGCGUGAGGAAAUAAUGUACCGUUCAAACCUGUCAGGCUUUUGUUGGCUGUUGUUUGGAAUAUAGGGAUAGCCUUAAAGUCACUCUUGAAAAAAAUAAUUGUGCUUCUUCUAUGUCAUUACAUUGAUGUUUCAGUAAGAAAUGUUUAGAUUAUCUCAAAACUGAUUUUCCAUUGUAUUAUGUGUACGUAUUAUUGUUUAAGAAAAGACAAAUCUAUAUAUACAUAAAGAAAAAACAUGUUGGAAGUCAAAGCAAAAAAAAAAAAAGAUGUUGAUUUGGCUGUUUUUAUUUUUUUUCAUAUAUAUAUAUAUAUGAUUAUAUCCUGUUUAUGAAUUUUGUUUUCAUGUUCUGCUGAAGGAAAUUUUUGUGGCUUUUCUAACUGUAGGAGGGAGCUCAGACAUAUUUUUCACUGCAAGCCAAGCUUGUUAUGCUCUUUUCAGUGAGUGUGACCCGCACGCUCCCGCCUGGAGCUCCUUCACGUCACGUUCCCACCGCUGCUGGCGCUGCUUAGCGGUCGAAAACAGUUGAUUAAAACCUUUAUCUUAUUUCCAAUUCUCCUCUCCCCCCCGUGUCACGCAGGCCCACUUGCAAUUAGUUUGAUUGACAUCUCGGUGUGUUUGCGCCCAUGCGUGUGCUCUCACACGUUUGUGUGUGAGCGUGAAGGAGCCCCGGGCGAAGUAUGCGGGCUGCCACUGAAGCACGGUGCUCUGCCCCCUCCUCCAAGCACUACUCUCUCUUCUCCCAAGGAGUUACACACCUUUGUGAAACGGCCUGUGGCAUUUACCUGUCAGGGUGUGUGCAGGUCCAGUCAGCGGCGAGGCUCCUGACGAACCAACACUUAGGAGUUUGAGGAUGUUUUACCGAGUCCGGACCUCCGUGGCCAGAUGUGGUUGGUGUUCGUUGUUUUUGUUUUUGUAACUCCAUGCACUUCCCACUGCCCUUUCUCCAUCACUGUGGUGCUUCAUGUUUUGUCUCCUCCAUUGGUGCGUGGAAACACCUGGCAGCCAAUCAGAUCGUGUCAGGGUUCUGUCCAGGAAUAAGUUCCUACAGCAGUUCAGAUCGCUCAGAGACCGGAUACUUUAAGAGGCAGCAUCUCCAGGCAGCUAAUCUUAAAAGAAGUUCUCUCUCUUUCUCUCUCUCUCUCUCUCUCUCUCUCUCUCUCUCUCUCUCUCUGUUGCGUCGAUAAAAUGGCUGAUAAGAUUUGGCCGAAAUAAGCUAUCUAACUCCCGUCCUGAUUUAGGGUUAAUCCAAAUUACCUCAAAAGGAUAUUUGCUGCCAUGUUUCUCAAACCUGUCCCAUCUGCUUAUAGAUCAGUGAGGAACUCUGGAAUUUGUUCGUGGACUGUGACCCGUCCUGCAUCGUUGUACUGAGAACAUCUUGGUCCCAUUCACUGCCAAUGGCACAAAGAUGGCCUUAGCAUGAAGGUGCUUUCAGAGACACCCGGCCCUGGUCUGUCUUUGCAUACUGUACAUACUGGUGCUGUGGCCUUGGCAGGGGGGAGAAAUGGAGGUGCUAUAUUCCCAUGCAGUGCUGUUUCUCCCAUAUGUCCUCUGAUCAUACUAACUCCAUUUUGUACACUGUUAUGCUGUAGAACAUGAAAAUAAAAACACCCUGCCUCAA